AUGUCAGAACCACUCGCGUUGAGACCGGCGUCGAUGCCUAUGCCAGAGGCCAUGUCGGUGCCACAUGGGCCGUCUGCCAGCACACAUGAGUACUUUGCAGGCGAGCUUCCUCGCCAGAUGAGAGAAAACCCAGCUGGGUAUCCUGUAGGACAAACCUCUGGUCCACAGCCCAUGUCACAACAAUAUGACCCACGACAAUUCGCGCCCCGAAUGUACCAAAAUCCUGGCGUGGGUAUGGCAUAUGGAGCGGCACCGCCGCAUCGGUAUAUGCAGCCACAAUACAGUGGUGAGCGGUCAACGAUUAAUCACCAGCCACAGGACUUCGCCCCACAGUCUAGACAUGGUGCUCAAGGGCCGCCAGUUGUCAUCCAGCAGCGCCAACUACCACAACAGCAGCAACAUUAUUCAGAGCGUCACCACCCCCAGCUGCAGCCACGCGUGAUGCCUGUUGUCGAAAUGGGGCAGUUUCCUCUGCAAACCACCCCAACGCACACUCCCUCACCUGCCACACCAUCACAGCCACAAUACCUGGGUGCUCCUGUCUCGACUCAUGUCCCGCACUUUCAGCUGCCACAACCGACACAGUUUCCAGAAAUGUCUUCGCCUCUUCCCCAGACCCCGCAGGUCACCACUCCCCAACCACAUAUCAAUGUCCCCUUGCCCCAGCAAUCCGAGCUCCAGGCGCCGAUCCCCCAGCUGGGGACACAUUCUUUUCGUGGCACAGACUCAUACCCAACCCAGGCAUUUCCAGCAUCACCGACCUCGGCCCCUACACAUGCCUCACACCUUGACGUCGUACCCAGCCAACAUCCCACCCCCGUUGCCAACGAUCAGCAUCUCGCCCGCUUCGCCGACUUACACGCCACAGCCACAAGUGGCAGCGUCGCCUCUCGCAUCACAGGCGCCCAGCCCACAGCAGCCCCGUCUAUCACAUCACCUCGCGCCCGGCGGAGGUACAAUACCGUAUACCCCAGCCCAAGCAAACAUUCCGGUCGGCGGUCACAUCCAAGCCGCGCCACCAUGCCCCCCGGGUUGCCCCUGCCACUAUCAGCCGUGACGGGCCAGAGCCACAGCUACCACCCCUACGCCCAUGUGAGGCCGGCAAUGCCUGCGACAUCUGAUUCUGCCGUGUUCUGUCUCUGA